AUGAGUAGCAUAGAGACAAACGGUAUCACAUCGGUGACGAAGAAACGUCGUGGUUCGACCCAUAAGAACUUAUUUGAUUCAGAUCUCUACAGUAUUCCUAAUGAACCAAACAGUUUGUACCAGCAACGGAAAGCUGAAAAGUUACGAAAUACACAUUACCAAAGCCAUGGCUCUGUGUCAAGUCAAUUAGCUGACUUGUGGACAUCUCUAACGUCAUGUAUCUCCAAGGAAUACACUAACCAAUACGAUAAAGAUUUUUGGCCUGAAAUUAAUAUGAAAGUUGUCGUGUUAUGUUUCCUAUGGUAUGUGACAUCAUCAAUAUCUAGUAAUCUAGCCAAGACUAUCUUGAAAAAAUUUACACAUCCUGUUGCCCUUACUGAAUUACAAUUUUUAGUGAGCGCCGUCCUUUGUCUGUCUUUUGCAUGUGUCGUGAAUAUAUUCCAAAGGCCUGAAUUGAACUAUGGUAGGUUUGCCAAGACACUUAGGAGUUUCCCUAACGGAAUUCUUCCAACUUAUAUGAAUGGCAAUUUCAAAGAAUGCAUUAAGGAAAGAUUUUUAAAACCAGAUAAACUAGUUUUAAUGACUACUUUCCCACUUGGUAUCUUCCAAUUUGCUGGUCAUAUAACAUCACAUAAAGCUACCUCGUUAGUUUCCAUCUCUUUGGUUCAUUCCAUCAAAUCAUUGUCCCCAAUCAUUACGGUUGCCUAUUAUACUACAUUUGAAAAGAGGAAAUACAACCCUUUAACCUAUUAUACUUUAGGUCUUUUAAUUUGUGGUGUCAUGGUUACUUGUUGGUCAAGCCAUAACCACCAAAGUAAGAUGGAUAAUAAAAAUAAUGGUGGUAUCCUAUUCUUAGGAAUAAUUUAUUCCUUCAUCUCUACAAUAAUAUUCGUGACUCAGAAUAUCUUCGCAAAGGGUGUACUGAGUGUAAAAUUGCAAAAAGAAGGUGUUCUAUCUUCACGUUCAAGGGAAACUAAAAAGGAAAGUCGAGAGAAUUACACUUCUACCGCACAGAUAGAUAAGAUAACUAUCUUGUUCUAUUGCUCUUGCAUGGGAUUCUUACUUACCUUGGGCCCCUUCCUUACAAAUGAGCUAUUGCAUGGUUCUAGUCUUCGAGCAGAUAUGAAUAUGACUGUUUUCUUAUUGACUUUAUUCCAUGGAAUAACUCAUUUCAUUCAAGCAAUGUUGGCAUUCCAAUUAAUUGGUCUUUUAUCUACCGUGAAUUAUAGUGUUGCUAACAUUAUGAAACGUAUUGUAAUCAUCUCAGUAGCAUUAAUUUGGGAGUCUCAUCUCAGUUUCAUGCAAUUCUUUGCUUUACUUUUAACCAUUAUGGGAUUAUAUGGAUACGAUAGAUGGGGUCUAUCUCACAAGGAAUCUCGACAAUUAUAG